AUGGCCCAACCGCGCCCAACAACCCUCCUCCCCUCCCGGACUCGCUCCCGCUCACCCACAUCUCGCCCGACGACACCCCUCCGCGCGUCCUCGCGCUCGUCCUUCCGCGCUUCAACGACCCUUCCGAACGAUACGAUCCCGACAGGCCUGGACCACCUCGAACCGCAAUUCGCAGAACUCAGCGACUCGAUGGCCGAUCUGGAGGCGAACCUCAUGCACUUGCAACUCAUGCACGAGAGUCUCAGCCGGUUUAGCGAGAGUUUCGCCAGUUUUCUGUACGGGCUGAAUAUGAAUGCUUUUGUCGUGGAUUUUCCAGAGGCUCCCAUCACCGAAUCGAUCAAGCGGUGGCAGAGACGACAACAAGGUCUGGAUGACAAUUCGAGCACCAUCAACGUCACCAUGCCUAAUUCUAACCCAAACUCAAACUCGUCUACUGUCGGCGGGCUGAGUCAGUCCGAGGGCAACGCCGGGGACGCGACGUUCGUGACCAACGCGGAUGCCAGCUUCGCUAGCUUAAAAGCCACGCCGAGGAGGAAGACGGUGGCGCCGCCUGUCACGCCGGGGACUACGUCGACGGUCCAGCAGAGUCGGCUACCCGGCGCGAGACGUGGAGGAGGGGGAGGGGCAGGGACAGGGGCUGUUGGGCGAGGUGGGAGAGGGGACGGCGCCGCGAGGGGUGCGAGAGGGUCGGGUCUGCCGAGAGGGAGAGGUAGGGGAGGAAAGUGA